AAUUAUUUCAUUGGACAGUAUCGACAUUGGAGUAUAUCGUUAUAUUUAACAUCGAUACUUGAAUUGAGAGGUAUCGAUAUCCGAAACAUCGAUACUGUAUCACCCAUCACUACUCAGUGGACGAUUACAACGGUGCCUUGAGUGCGAUGUGUUUGUUAUCUGAGGAGAAUGUUUCGUUAUGAUAUACAAAGUCAUGUUACAGAAAAUUCAUUCUCAGGUUCAUCCGACGAUGAUAAUGGCUAUGUUAGGAAAAAAGGUUCAAGCUGUCCGACAAGUGAAUUUGAUGACUCGAUUCAAGCAAUGUGCGAUAUUUAUGGACAGACACCACCGAGAACUCGACUUAAUCGAAAGAAGCGAUACAUGAGACAGAAACUUAACGGAGGGGAAACGAAAUCGUUAGAAAAAGACAUUCCGUCGAAAGCAGCGAUCCGCAGGCGCAAUACUCUGGACAACAUUAUUUUUAACGAAAUGUGUGACAAAGCAGAUAAGGAUUGUGAAAACGAGGUGAACCAAGAUAUAGCGAAGGAAGGAAAUCGAAAAUGUAAAAGGACAUUGAAAGUGUUACGUGGAACUGAAAGAGAUUUAAAACUGGACAUGGAGGCAGCUUAUAAUUAUAACGAGAAAUUUGAUCCUCAUCAAGUAUCUACUCCUAAUCAUAUGAAGAUUGAAACUCGAAAUAGAUUCCGUAGCUUGCGAUCCAAACCUGUUGAUAUAGAAGAGAGAAAGCCUAAAGUUAAACUUACCGAGAAAAUUCCAAUUACUGAUGAUAGGGAAUCGAUCGCGCAAUCACCAAAAACGUUGAGUCUUAAAGAACGGGAAUUAUUUCAUAAUACAUUUUCUUUUUUAAUUAAAUUGGGAAGUACGGAACGUAAUUGCCGUCGGCAAAUCAGUCAUGAAGAAACGCGGUGGCAAAACGAAUUAAAAGAUCUAAUAUGGCUAGAACUACAAGCUCACCAUGCUGAUCGGAGUCCAAUGGCUCAAGAUGAGUAUUUGUGCAAGCAACGUGAGGCUGUAGAAGGUUUACUUAAAGAAAUAAUGGAGUAUAGAUAUGAUCCUAUUGUGAGUGUAAAGAAUGAUAAUACGCCUUGGAUUAAUAUUAAUACCACGCGUAUUGAUCGAAUAGUAAACGUAGGAUCUAGUCCAAAUAUAGAAUUAGGUAUUUGUCCAGGUUGUCUUUCGAUGUAUUGUAGAGCAUGUGCACGAGCACAAGGUGAAGCUUUACAGCAAGUAGAAGGAUUACUGUCUAGGCUAGAGAUAGCAGAAGCACUUUAUCCUUCGUCACAAGCCUUUGCUGCACAUUAUCCUUUAUACAAAAGUACAGAAUUUAUUGGUAGAGUAAAGGCAAUGUGUCUUUGGUAUAAUAUGACUAAGCAUCAUCGACUCAAAUUACAAAUACUGGGAAAAUUAUUAAUGAUGUCGCAUACAAAGAAAAAACACGAUGAUACUGGAGAUUCUGGAAUAAGUUCACGAUCUUCCGAUGUGACCGAUCAUUUAGAGUGGAAGCAAACUUUGGUACGAUUUGAAGUAUCAAACCAACAAGAUGAAAAUUCCAGCCCUUCAGAUAGCAAUAAUAGUAAUAAUUCUUCUGGUUUAUCUUUCGUACAAUCCUGGCCUUCUACUCCUGAAUCGUCAUUUACAUAUGCAGAAGAUGAUAAAAACGAUAGAUUUGACUUUUACCUAGUUGAAUUCGAUCGGCAAGCUUACAGGAAGUAUAUUGAAGAUGUAUUAAAGACUAGAGGUUUAAGAAAAAGUUUAAAUUUUCUUGAGAGAUUACAUACUUCUGUCUUAAGGAAAGCAAGGUUGACGUUAGAAAAAAGUGAUCUAAGUGAAUCUAAUAAUACUUUGAGCGAAGAGUAUGAAGGCGAUGAAGAAUUGCGACGAUAUGGCGUGUGGAGUCCCGAAGCAAGAGAAUUAAAUCUUCCAUCUUAUAGGGCUGCUUUCGUGUUUUUGUCUCGAGUUCCGUUAGAUGUUGUUCAUGAGUUUUUAAGAAUGAGAUUAGAACAAAAACCAGAACAACCUAGUCCACUAUCAGUUCGACAACUUAUGCGUGAACUUAGGGAAGGUCUUAGAAUUGCAUGUAUCCAUCGCGACAGAUUUGCAGCUCAUUCUUGUGCAGCAGUUGUCAAUAAUAAUGAUAGUUGCGAAAAUUUAUUUCAAGAAAACGUGAAAGAUUUCGACGAAAGUUUGAAGGCUGUUUUUGAAGUAUAUCUUGAUUACCUUCAGCAGUGGGUAGAUAUGGUACAGCAUGACAGUUUCCACAAAAAUUUGAUUAUGGAUGAGUGGAUGUUUGUAAAAUCAAUAGCAGGAAAUAUAUUAAAUGGGUACGAGAUUGCGGGAGUUAAAUUCUGUGAAAUCGCAAAAACUAUGAUUGAACAAGUUAAAGAAUACCUUAACGAGAGACCACGAGAGAUUCAGGAAAAUUUUGAGGAUUGGAAUGAUGAUGAUUGGUCAAACAGAUUUCAGCGAAUGUUUGUACGACGCGAAUGGCAAGGAAUGUUUGUAGAAGCUCGGGAGAAGGUGGUUAAAGGUGUUAUGCUUGCUAAGUGUUUGAAACGUGAUAUUGUAAAUUGGUCUAUCCUUGACAAAGAAUUAGAGAAAUCAUUAACAUCUUUAAAGGAUACAGUUAUGGAUCUCAGACUCGAUAUUACAAACGUUAUUGAAAAUUUUCAACGUGAUCUCAAAAAAAUAGAAGAAUCAAAUUAUGAAUAUGAUCGAUCUGCUAUACGUUCAAGAAUAAGGGAAAUACUUCAUCAGGCUUAUCGAAUGGGUUUUGAUUAUCAUAAAGAAACAUGUAAACUAUUUGCACUUGAAGAAAAAGCUAUUUUAGCUGAAAGUCUGGUUUCUUUCGCCUUUUUGUGGAUGGAGUUUGUUAGAACACGAUGUGAACGUGGAAGAGGUUUACGACCUAGGUGGGCAAAUCAAGGUUUAGAAUUUUUAAUUACAGUAUGCGAACCACAUAAUACCAAACAUUUAACUGAUGAAGAAUUUGAGGAAUUAAAAACCUGUAUGGAUCGUUGUAUUUCGCACGUUGUUGGAAGUGCAAGUACUGCUACAAAUGAAACAGAAAAUUUAAAAAGGUUACCUCAUUCAAGAGCGUCUUCACCUUGUCAUACUAGAAGCAGAACUGCGAGUUUAAGUCUCCCUCAGAAAUCUAAAGAUAACGUUAGAUCUCCAGAUAUUCCAACGAAUUCUAGAAAAUCCUUUUCAUCAAGUGUGGUUGAUGGAAAUGUAGGUAUUACUAUAAAUAGUUCUGAACGUACUAUACCCAGGCAGGAAAGAAUCAAUCGGGCUAUAAAAAAAGUUGAAUGUGAUAUUGACGAGAGAUUAAAAGGCCGCGAACUUAUAGGGCAAGUUACUGAUAGAAAAGCUGUUGAUAGAGUUCGUAUUAAAGCAAGAAGAGUUACCUUUACUUGGCAAAGAGGUAUCAAAAUAGGACAAGGAAGAUUUGGUAAAGUAUAUACUAUAGUCAACAAUCAAACUGGUGAGUUAUUAGCUAUGAAAGAAGUUCAGUUUCAACCUGGGGAUCAUAGAGCAAUUAGACGUGUUGCCGAAGAGCUACAAAUAUUUGAAGGAAUUCAAUACAAACAUUUAGUACGAUACUACGGACUAGAAAUUCAUCGCGAAGAAAUGUUAAUUUUUAUGGAAUUUUGCGCUGAGGGAACGUUAGAAAGUCUAGUAGCGGGCAGUGGAAAUGGUCUACCAGAGUCAUUAGUUAGAAAAUAUACACAUCAACUCCUUUCAGCUGUAGCAGUACUCCAUUCGCAUGGAAUAGUACAUCGCGACAUUAAAUCUGCAAACAUUUUUUUAACGGAUGAGGGUAAUUGUUUGAAACUUGGUGAUUUUGGAAGUGCUGUGCAAAUUAAAGCACAUACAACUAUGCCGGGUGAAUUACAAGGUUUUGUUGGUACUCAAGCUUACAUGGCACCGGAAGUAUUUAUGAAAUCAGAAAGUAGUGGACAUGGUAGAGCUGCUGAUAUUUGGUCAGUUGGUUGCUGCGUUAUAGAAAUGGCGAGUGGACGAAGACCUUGGUCAGAUUAUGAUUCUAAUUAUCAAAUUAUGUUUAAGGUGGGAAUGGGUGAGACUCCAGCAUUGCCCAAAAAUCUUUCCAUUGAAGGAGAUAACCUAAUUAGAAAAUGUUUACAACAUGAUCCAAAGAAAAGGUUGACAGCAAAUGCCUUACUUACACUUCCGUUUACACAAGCAUACGAAGAUGUUAACGCUGACUUGUUGAUACUGCGACAAUAAGCAUAAUAGGGAUAGUCAAUUCGUAUGUAGAUUCUUUCAGUUUGAAAGCAUAAACUAACUUAAAACAUCGUUGUUACCUGCAUCAGGUUAAAUAUAUUGAUAGUUCAUAUACUUUUACCAUACCAGUUUCCUCUCUCAGAUUGUUUUACGGUUGUUUUCUCGUAUUUGUAUUCUAAAAAGUGGAAAAAUUAGGCAUCUAGAUAGUAAGUACAAAUCUGGUUAUGCAGUAUUAAGGCGAAAAUGUUUUAAGAAGAAAAGUUAUUUUCUAACAUAAAGCAUGUAUUUUUAAUACUAUAAUAACAAAAUAUAAUGCCGCUGAUGUAUGUAAAUUUUUAACAUUCCUACCUUUGAAGAAGGUACUUACAUUGUGUACAUACAUACAUAUAUGUAUAAUAUUGUUGUAAAUUAUUUUACAAUACAGGAAAUAAAUUGUUUGUUUUUGUAGUUGUACAUUGCACUGUGAUUAAUGAAAACAUUGUAUUGUUAAAAAAAGGAAAUAAAAGUGAAAGGUGGUGUCACAAUAGUGUUUAUUUUUGCACAAGAAAACGUACACAUGAUACAACAUACUUGCCGCAAAUUAGUUAAUUACAGAGGUAUGCUGUGUAUACUUUCCAUAUAAACAGAAAGUGAAGUGUGCUUACAAGUUUAACAUUACUAGAUAUAUAUAUAUAUAUAUAUAUAUAUAUAUAUAUAUAUGUAUGUGUAUAUAUAUAUAUAUAUAUUGCAUACGAAGACGACUAUUUCAUAAAGAUUUUUUUUGUGAUUUUGCAAUUGUCACCUAUCAUUACCAACUGUGUUUAUUAUUUUAUUACAUCUUAUAAGAUACAUGGUAUAAUUUCAUAUCAACGACAGCAGUCUUCGUAAGAGAUAUUUGUAUUUUGAAAUAAUGUCUGACUGAAUUUUUAUAUAUACGUUAUUUUAGCCCACAAUCAGUUGACUUUAUUUCGUAAGUAAUUCUAAUAAGUUUAGCGUAUGUUCUAUUUAAUAGAGUCGUCGCUAUGUUGGCUUUCGCCUGAUAUGCGCGAUAUUCUUGGCCGCGAAAAUACGAUCGCAACAGUUUUGCGAUCCGCAUAACUACUUCUAAUGGUGACAUUCCGUUUCAUUUUAAAUUUAAUAGGUAUUUGCAGCUUAAGAUUAAAAAUAAUACAGAACACUUUCAUACAUAUAUCGUACACAUAUGCGCGAAAACAGAUAUAGAUUUUUUAUAUUUAAACGUUUCUUGAUAUGUGCGUAUAUGUACGUGUAUAGAGUUAUAUAUGUAUAUGUAUAUAUAAUUUUAUUUAGUAACAGUAUAAGGAACCACCACAAUUCCUUGCAUUAUUUAAAGAUUCACUCUAUGUUUAAGUCAAAGCAAACAAUUACUCAGACCAUGAAUAUAAAAUUUCCGAUUUAAUGUAAUACGCAACAAAUUCAUUACUUAACGACAAUAUAUGUAUUAGAUAAAACACUACUUUCAAUAGAACAUUUAUGCUUUAGCGCAAGAAAACUUUGCUAAGCCUUAAUGACAACCCUAAAACACGCGUAUUUUGCACAUUGGAAGUAUGUAGUUUAUAACAAAGCUAACGAAUAGCUUCGUAAAAUAUGAAUAAUGUCAACAGAUGUGUCGUAGUAUGUAACGUGUGUUACGCUAUGCAUAUGUAUAGGCGUAUAUAUGUUUAUGCAUAUAUAUAUGUGUGUAUAUGUAUAUAUAUAUAUCAUUUCUGUUUGAUUCUAAAUUACGGUAAAUUAUGAUAAUUUGAUACAAUAGGAUGAGAGUAAUGAUGUAAGUGACAGUAGCGCCGAUCGUUAAUAUUUCUAUCCUUUGAAAUGAAAAUUGAAUUUUUCACUAUCGACAGAGCUUGGUAUAUAAGAAAAGUAGCGUUAGUUACAGUAGUAGUUAAUUAGACGUAGAACAUUAAUGUGAUAGAGAGAUAGAGCUAUCAUCAACGUUUGCCUGUCUAUCGAAGAAGGGCAAACCAUUGACCUACCUAAGAAUUGGACAAGAGUUUACUGUGCGGGCGCCAAAACACGAAUGAUUGGCCACGUUUAGAAUGUGUUGCGACAGACAAGGUCCGUGCGCUAGAAAUCUUUUCUCUACCUUACCGAGUUAUUUAGUAUUUCAACUUCUAUUCGUGUACUCUGUCUCUUCGUUGUUUUUACUGUAAAGGUAUCAAACUAUAAAACAAGCUUAAUACCGCGAAUGAUAUAUUUUUACAGCCUUUACGAUUGAUAUUUUAUGUUUCAUACUUGACAGCAAUUUUAUAAUUUUGAUAUGAUAUAAAUAAAUCUUUCAUUUAAUAACAGUUUAGUAAAUCUAAAACACGUGUUUAAGAUUUUGUACUUGGUGUUUAAAGUGCUUCCGUUACGAAGAAAUUUAUAUCGUGAUGCUUCGCGAUUAAAUUGUUUUGUUAUAAUAAUUUAAUAAUAUCUGUAAAGUAUACGUCAGAUUGUACAAAAUAUAUACGUUUCCUUCUUAUGACGUAAAAGUAAUCAAAGUUUCCAAUCGUUUAAUUGGCACGUAUUAUUAUGUAUUACGUUUCUACUGUUUUAUGUCGAAACAUUUUUGCCAAAUAAGGCAGUUUGUUUCAAAAUUGUAUUUAAGUCUGUUGCAUCCUUUAGAUCAUUUUUAACGUAAUAGCGUUUUCAUUAAGAUAUAAAUAUUGGACACUAGCAGGGUUAACAGGAAGAUUUGAUACUUUCUCACACGAAAUAGUUGAAGCAUCAUAGCACUGAAUAAACGUAUUCUUGUUUACAGUUUUAAACAAUGGGUUAUUAUCAAUUCUACAGAAAAUAAUUGUGGAAUGUUAAUUGCUUACAAUAAUUGAGCUAUAAAGUUUACUUAGAGUGACUCGUGAACACCCUUUAAAGCAGAAUAUCUUUUCUCACAUUGAACCAAACGAGUUGAAUUUUUUUUUUUUUUUUUUUUUUUUUUUGGAACAUAGAUGAAUUAGUUAACCAGUUUAUAAAAAUAUUUGAAAAAAUUGCAACUGGUCGAAAUCACGAAGAAAAUAGUAAAGGUCUUUUUUUCAAUCUCCUUAUCCGAGCCUGUAGUAAAAAUUUGAAAGAUGUGUUAAGAUUUAUCUUAAUUAUAUACGUACUGAAAAUUUCAUCGAAAUCGGUUGGUGCAGAAACAAGGGACAGGCAUCGAAAGAUGUAAGAAUCUUUAGAUUUAUUACAGUCAUAGACCCAAAUUCGUGAGAAACUGCGAUUUUCAGCAUUUUUCGCCAAUCGUUUGUGACUCAUAGCAACGUUAACCACCGAUCCGUUCAACUUGUCAAAAGAAGUCAAGACGUUUGGUUCGAUAUUAAGAAAGUUAGUUCUGCUUUAAAGGAUGUUCGAAUACUUUCGUGAGUCGCUGUAUGUGAAGAUAAAGGUACAUCGAUACUCAACUAUGUUUUGUCAAAAGUGAUUAAUUAAUGCUUUCUCCUGAGACAGAAUACCACAUUUUGGAUGCCUUUUUCAUUCAAUGCAUACAGAUUCAAUAAAACGUACGCUUCAUAGUGAAACAACUAACAAUAAAAUCUACGCUCAUCGAGCUAACAAUAAAAGUAAAUGUCAUUGCUUCCAAACAUAUUGAUAUAUCUCAUUUAAUCGUCGAAUUACUCUUAAAUUAUUUGAAUUUCGCAACAUGAAGCUACGUGUAUUAACAUUUUCGUAGUUUCUAAAUAUCCCUAGAUAUCACUAACUAAUCGUUUAAUUACAUUUAAGGUUACAUGUCACUAUAGAACAUCCAAUUCACGUGGCUAAACCCGUUAAAGCACCGAUAGUUUAACAAUACAACUAAUUAUUAGAAUUAGACCCCCUUUAAUCGUGAAUGCACGAUUAAAACCAAGCGAUAGGGAAAUAACGAAACUUCGCUUUCGGUGGAAAGGAACUUCCAGCGCUCGGACAUAAAUGUUCGAGGAUCUUCGUAACAGGACUAGAGUUUUACAAUGACCGAUCGAUCUAUAUUGCCUACUACACGCAGCGACUACCGUUUAAACGUUUUCGUCUCAGUUUGUUCGGCUUUGGUCGUCAAUUAUCUGAUAAACAUUUGUACGCGUGUAUCUACUUAACAACAGAUGAGAUUACAGUGUCCAGUGAUUCGCGAAGAAUUUUCUAAGUUUAUUAAUGAUUAGAUGAUUAACGCAGUUUUUUUCUAGAUAUGUAUAACGAUAACUGUAAUAACAAGUAAGAUGAACGUGAUAUUUCUAUACAUGUAUUGCUCGUAAUAGAAGGCUUCCUUCGUACGGUAAUUUAUAAUCUUUGUUAAAACAAAUUGUGCCAUUUGAUGGAGAGUCCUUGCAUAUUUCUUGCUGUUUCAUUAAUUGAAGUAGUUUAUUGAAGUUUAAUUCUGUAAUACAAUAUAUUAAGGUAGUAUAAUAUAUUAUUACAAUAUAUAUUAUAUAUAAUAUAUAAUAUAUCAGAGAGAGAGAGAGAGAGAGAGAGAGAGAGAGAGAGAGAGAGAAGCAAUUAUUUUAACUGAAUUUAAAAAGUGUUAUAGUAACUUAAAAUUAAGGCAACAAAUCGUUUCUUACUUAAAAUAUUGUAUUGUAUCAACGUAAAUAUAUAGAGUAAAUAAUGCGAAUUAUUUUAGAAAUCGUUACAUGUAAAUAUGUAAUAGUAAUUGAGUCCAUUUUGAAAAAAAAGACAUUUCACGUUACCCGUAUCAAAGUUUUUGCUUAUCCCGAUGAUAAGCAUUUUGUCGUUCUUUAAUCGUUUAGUUUUUGAUAUAAAAAUGUAAAACUGAUAUUAAUUCCACAUCUUGUUACAAAGUUUUUGCAACUUUGAUUUUCUUUCUCUUAAAGCUUGAAAAGUUUGACUUGAUACACUCUGGCUCUGGGAACAUGUAUAUCUUUUCUAAUU